CUCUUAGCCUUUUUUUUAUCAUGAAUGACAGUUACCCAAAUGUAUAGGUUAGUAUUUAUUGUUAUCAGACUCAUUCUGUUCCCGUCGAUAGUUGUCGAAGCUCGUGUGUGUAAACUUUAGUUGGUGUGAACUGAAUAAUUACGUAAAAUUAAUUCGCUGCUACAAUCAUGAAAGAAAAGGAGAAGAUCGAAAUGAAAUAUUGCGAGGAAGCCAAGGAUGAGAAGAAAAAUAACAAUAGCGACGGGGACGUGCUUUCAGCUGUGCUGGAGCACGUCGGCGACAUGGGCCGCUACCAGAAGUUGCUGUUCUUGGCGAUGAUGCCGUUCGGAUUUUUCUUCGCGUUUGUUUACUUCGUUCAGAUGUUUAUCGCUGCUACCCCUCAACGUCAUUGGUGCAGGGUACCCGAGAUGGAACACCUAGAUAUUGAUUUAAGGCGAAAUCUGACGACUGUGCAGGUAGGCAGUGAGUGGGACCGCUGCCUCACGUAUAGCGCCAAUUGGAGCAAUGUACUUGAGACUAUGACAGCUCCCCAUCCUAGCACACCGACGCAGCGCUGCGAGCAUGGCUGGGAGUUCGAGCUAGGCGACAUUCCCUAUCACACGGUCGUUAGUGAGCGAGGAUGGGUGUGCGAGUACGCCGGCUUCGGCCCGUUGGCGCAGGCUGUAUUCUUUGCCGGUUCGUUUGUCGGCGGACUUUUCUUCGGAUGGCUCGCAGACACUUUCGGCAGAGUACCCGCUUUGGUUGGUACAAAUUUGAUAGGUUGUGUGGGCGGGGUGGCGAGCAUCUUCACCACUGGACUGUGGGAUUUCGCCUUCUGUCGUUUCCUCGUCGGAAUGUCUUAUGACAGCUGCUUUAUGAUGAUGUACAUAUUGGUUUUGGAGUACGUGGGACCUCGUCACCGCACGUGGGUGGCGAACAUGUCCAUAGCCUUAUACUUCGGGGGUGGAUGUCUCGUGCUACCCUGGCUGGCGGUCUGGAUCGGUGAUUGGAGAACGCUGCUCUUGGCCACAAGUCUGCCUAUGCUUAUAGCGAUUGGUGCGCCGUUUGUGGUGCCUGAGAGUGCAAGGUGGCUGUCAUCGAGAGGAAGGGUGAAUGAGGCGGUCAAAGUGCUGAGAAGGUUCGAGCGAGUGAACGGCACCAAGAUACCGCAGGACGUGAUGGAUGAAUUUGUAGUGUCUUCAAGUAAAAGUCGUCAGUCAAGCGAGUCCAUCAAGGCGUUAUUCCGCAGCGGUCCCCUGCGCAAUAUGAUGCUGUACAUGGUGGUGGUGUACAUGGGGUGCGCGAUCAUCUUCGAUGGUUUGGUGCGCAUGUCCGAGGGGCUCGGCCUCGACUUCUUCAUCACGUUCACACUCACCUCCGCCACGGAAAUACCAUCUGUGACACUCUUAGCUCUCAUACUGGACAGAUGGGGCCGUCGCAUGUUAACGGUGGCACCCCUCACUAUAGCUGGCUCACUCACACUCAUCGCUGCAGCUGUACCUAAAGGUAUUCCUCAAGUGACGUUAGCAAUAAUGUCACGGUUCUGUGUGAACAUGGCGUACAACGCGGCCAUACAGUGGUCGACGGAGCUGCUGCCCACCCCGGUCAGAGCUUCCGGCUCCUCGCUUAUACACGUGAGCGGAUACGUCGCCACAGUCGUAUCGCCCUUCAUCGUGUAUUCGGUGAGGACCUCGAUAAAACCUUAAAAUUAAAAUCGCAAAUCUAGAACAGUUGUUUUAUUGGUCUAAGGGUUUCGUGAUAGAAAUGUGCAAGCGCUUUUUGUCGAGCAGGAGCGCGUAUGGCAACCGCUGCCGCUGGUGGUGCUGGGCGCGCUGGCGCUGUGCGCGGGCGCGUGCGGCGUGCUGCUGCCCGAGACGCGCGGCCGCCACAUGCCGCAGACCAUCGCGCAGGGGGAGCUGCUCGUGCGCACACACACGCUCUGCGGGUACGCGACACACACACACACACUCACACUUUUUCGGCAACAACACGAUAGGGAUGACGAUUAAUUUUUGUUUUUCUGUCCGUCAGGUUAUUGAAGAAUAUUAAACACGUAUUUUUAUUUUUAUUUUUCGCGUAUUCAAUAAAUUACGGCGAUUUAUUGAGUUGCGAUGUCGCAUGACGUCACGCUAUGGUACAAUUCUACAAAACUGUGACGUAGCGAGCCCCCACUCCUCAACUUUUAUGCCUAAUAUAAUAACUAAGCUAAGUCUAAUAUUUUUCUAUUAUCUGACUGACGAACUAAAUAGAAAUUCUUCUUUUUUACCCAGUCGUCAUCCCUAUUCAUUUAAAAAUAGGAGUAUUUUUAGACAGUCUAUUACUCGAUCUGAAAUCUAUGCCCGUCCCUUCUGAAUGUUAAUAAAUCAGUUAAUCAUCGACACUCCU